UGUUAUCAGUGUGGGGUAAAUAAUAGUUCCGUUCUUUGAACUGUCAUGAAGCAGAACGUAAACAAUGAAGGAGUAUCUAAUUUCGAUAAAAUCUUUGAAUUCUAGAGAAUUGUGACUUAAACGUAGCCCUGAAAGCGCAAUGCCGGUGGAAAGUGGUAGUCGCUUCUCGCCGAUCACCCGGCUCUACGUCUUCUCCAGCGUCCUGUCGAUUGCCCUGAAUGCCACCUUUUUCGGGUACGUUCUGUACGCCGACAAACUCUACGACAUCGGUAAGUGUUGGUCGUCGUGGGUGCUCAUGUUGCUUCCGGUGAUCGAACUGCUGAAGCAUUACUACGUUCGAUCCGCCUUUCGUCUCGAUGGAAGCGCCAAGUCGACCACCAGUGGAAUCGGUUCCGGUGCAGGAUCGUCUUCCCGAGUCGGUUCGUCAAACCUGCCCAAGCGACCCUCCCCCGUGAAAGAAUUGGGUGGCGCUCUGAUGGUAUUCCUUCUUGCGAUGCUUUUCUACGGAUUCAUAUGCUUGAUCCUGGGCGCCCCUUUGGAACAGUAUGAGGAAACGGCUUCACUGGCGUUGGUGCUGACCACCCUUACCAUAUUUCCGGUCAUUCUGUUCAUAGGGCACUCGGAAACGCUACAGCUGCUGUUUACGGAAACGUUAGAGCUUCGCACCGCGCUGGCCAACGGUUACCUCACACUGCUGAAGAACAACUGCAUUGGAGUAGUUCUGGGAGCUUGGGGAGCGUCGGUGGUGGCACCACUGGAUUGGGACCGCCCUUGGCAGGUGUAUCCCGUGCCGAAUGUGGUCGGUGCCAUCGGGGGUGCAUUUGGGAUGAGCUUUUACACAUUGCUCAGUACGACUUAUUUUGCAUUCUGUAAGGCAGGUAGGAAGCGAGGCAUUGUCUGAAGGGACGAAUCGAAAGACGUCGCGACGGCAUGGCUAAGUUCUAGUCGUAGUAAAUUUAAUAUAUUUGGACAUCAAUUAAAAUUCUGACAAUUAUCCGCAGAAAAUAUCAAAUCAAGUAUUAUUAAACUAAAGAUAAGGUAUUUUAGGGUCUCAGAUUUUAGGGUUA